AACAUUGAAGCUCGUAGCAAUUUGAGGGUUGUUCUUUUAACGUAGCUCCAUUUGUCGGGAAUAGCGUGUUUUCAAUUUUUCAUUUAAAAAUGGGUCGAAUGCACGCACCUGGCAAGGGUAUAGCCCAAUCGGCUUUACCUUAUAGACGAAGCGUACCUACCUGGUUGAAAGUUACACCAGAAGAAGUAAAAGAGCAUAUAUUCAAACUUGGCAAAAAAGGAUUGACUCCAUCACAGAUUGGUGUAAUUCUUAGGGAUUCUUAUGGAGUCGCCCAAGUGAGAUUUGUUUCUGGAAACAAAAUCUUGCGCCUCAUGAAAGCUAUGGGUUUGGCCCCCGAUCUGCCCGAAGAUUUAUAUUACCUGAUCAAGAAAGCAGUGGCUAUACGUAAGCAUUUGGAAAGGAACAGAAAGGACAAGGACAGCAAGUUCCGCUUGAUUUUGGUUGAAUCACGUAUCCACCGAUUGGCAAGAUACUACAAGACCAAGAGCGUGCUAGCACCAAACUGGAAAUACGAAUCCAGCACAGCAUCAGCUUUGGUUGCUUAAGCUAGAAAUAAUUUGUUAUAAAUAAUAAAAAAAAAAACAUUUACA